UGCUUGCAAUGUGUGUGCGCGCGGCGCGUUUUGAUCCCGAAUCUGCCGUGAACAGGAAUAAACGCCAUUCAGUCAGUAUCCAUCCAGCUAACAGUCUUGUUCGCAGUCGUCGCCGUCGUUGUCGUAAGCCCGCAGAAUCAGAAUAUCAUCGCCGUUGAUUGCGGUUAGUACGCGCGAAACGAAAGGGAACAAAAAAUUGCGAGUCAUCCGAUCCUCCCGCACAAUAAUAUUCGUCUGGCAGUCAGUUCGAGUCCUUUCGCGUCGUUUCAUUCGGCGUGUGGGAUGACCGGUCUCGUUAUGUCGCCGCGUCGCGCGUAGACAAAGUGUCGUCACCCAUCAUCGUCAUUCGCCUUCUCGCAAGUUUCCCGCUUGCUGCGACGGUGUUCUUGUUGCGUGUUUGUUUUGAUCGCCUGUUUCGGUGCCCCGGCCCGGUCUUCUCGCGUAGUUGUUACCGCAUAGUAGGCGAAUAGUCGUUCAAAAGAGAAUUCUACCGACGGUUUUGGGUCGGGUGCGGUGCCGGUCCCAGUUGGAAGUGAGACACCCGGGCUAAUGCGAAACAUAUGUCUUCGGUGUGCAUUUUAGAAUGUGAUAAUAGGAUGAUUGAAUGUUGUCAUUUGGCUUUUCUGGAGUGAAUGCAGCCGGAAAAUUGCUGCAAUCUACGAGAAAUUGGUGAUUAAUUGAUUAAGCGUGUGUGUGUCGGCUAGGCGAGGUGCAAUACAAUAUGUGCGUCCUUCGGUCGGUAAUGGAAUGAUGCCGCCGCCCACGCACGGAUAGUGUGUUAAUUAAAAUUCCGUGUUCCGGCCGAUUUCCCCCUCGUUUGUCGACCGGCCCGCUGUAAUGUAUGCAACCGUAGCGAUUAAUUAAAAUUUCAUGAGAAAAACAGAUUUUUGCCGCCACAGCAUUGUGUAGAGGUAAUUUGUGGAACAAUGAACCGGUACACGGUUUUCGGUAUUGUUUGCUGGUCCGGCCUGCUCCUGCCCUUGUUAGUGACCACAACGCCGGAUGGUUAUUUAAAAAUGUUUCCAGUCCAGUCCCAGUUCGACCCGUGCUACGAUGAAGACCGACCGCGGCGUUGCGUCCCGGAUUUUGUGAAUGCUGCAUUCGGAAUGCCCAUCGAGGCGUCCUCCACGUGCGGAUUGCGCGGACCGGUAGAGGUAUGCGAUAGUCACGAGCUACGCGGACCGUGCCAUCAAUGUGAUGACUCUAAUCCGCGAAAGAGACACCCGGCUUCCGCGCUGACUGAUGUGAAUAACUCUAAUAAUGUAACCUGCUGGCGAUCCGAACCACUAGUGACCCCUAUCGGGAUGAAUGCUCCUCCGGACAAUGUUACUCUGACGUUGUCGCUGGGUAAAAAGUAUGAACUGACUUACGUGAGUAUGACCUUUUGUCCGGCAGCCGUCAAGCCCGAUUCAAUCGCCAUCUACAAGAGCGCGGAUUUCGGGAAAUCCUGGCAACCGUUCCAGUUCUAUAGUUCCCAAUGCCGGAGAGUAUACGGGCGUCCUAAUCGUGCGACUAUCACUAAAGGUAACGAGCAGGAGGCUCGUUGUACGGAUGCCCACAGACACAUGGGUGAAUCGACAGGAAUACAGGGUUCUCGAAUAGCGUUUAGUACCCUGGAAGGUCGUCCCUCCGCUUCGGAUUUUGACUCUUCGCCGGUGCUGCAAGACUGGGUCACUGCGACGGACAUUCGCGUCGUCUUCCAUCGGCUUCAAAUGCCACAGGAAUCGAUGGAGGAUUUGCUUUUACUUGGGUCGCCUCAGGUUCCGGUUUCGUAUCGGCAGAAAAAGGAUCCGUUCGGUUUCAACGGUAUCGAUAGUUCCGAUGAAGCUAGUUCAACGUUAGCAACCGUUACCGUUCCGCUUGUAACACAUCACUAUGCCGUGUCCGAUUUUGCCGUUGGAGGACGCUGUAAGUGCAAUGGACAUGCAUCGCGUUGUGUUCUUGGGCGUGAGGAAGAGUUAACGUGUGACUGCAAGCACAAUACGGCCGGACGGGACUGCGAACGGUGCAAGGCGUUUCACUUUGAUCGGCCUUGGGGACGAGCUAAUGCGAGGGAGUCCAACGAGUGUAAAAUCUGCAACUGCAAUGGACACGCGCGCCGCUGCCGCUUCAACAUGGAACUGUUUAAGAUGUCCGGCCGGAUUUCGGGUGGUGUGUGCCUGAACUGUCGGCACGCGACCACCGGACGGCACUGCCACUAUUGCCGCGAGGGAUACUACCGGGAUGCGACGAAACCGAUCACCCACCGGAAGGUGUGCAAACCAUGCGACUGUCAUCCGAUCGGUUCAUCCGGCAAAACUUGCAACCAUACAACAGGACAGUGCCCCUGUAAGGAUGGGGUUACGGGAUUAACCUGCAAUCGCUGCGCCCGUGGUUACCAGCAGAGUCGGUCGCACAUUGCUCCCUGCAUAAAGAUCCCACGCGUCAUCAGCAUCGUUCAUCCCCAGAACACGGCACCCGAUCCGCAGCGACAUGAUCCGGAGGCGCCUUCCUAUCGGACGGACGCCGGAAGGGAAUGCGGAAAGUGCAAGAUCGGCACCAAACGGCUAAAUCUAAACAAGUUCUGCAAAAGAGAUUACGUAAUAAUGGCGAAAGUGAUAGCAAAGGACACGAAGACCGACAACGGAAACCUAAAAAACACCGCCAAUCAAAACAACAGCGACGUGGCCAAGUUCACACUAAGCGUCCAAAAGGUGUUCAAAAAGAGUCCCAGCCCAAGCAGCCCCCUGGCGGUAGCACUGAGAAGGUCCAGCCACAUAGCACUCGUCGUGGACGUCAAAGAUCUCGAGUGUCGCUGCCCGCGAGUCAAAGUCAAUAGAUCCUAUCUGAUCCUCGGACGGGAUACCGAGGGACCACCAGGAGCGCUUGGUAUCGGACCUCGAUCGAUCGUCAUCGAAUGGCGCGACGAAUGGCAUCGACGGUUAAGGAAGUUUCAACGACAAGCUGCACGCACAUGCCACUGAUCAGUCUCGGUUCGGUUCGACUGGCAACAACGAGAUUUUGUAACAAUAGCCGAUUAAGAUAUAUAUUUAUUGAUUAAAGUCAUAAAUUAUCGCUAAAUUAUUGUAUGAUCGGUUCGAUCAUUCUGGGAUUGAAGACGCUACCGUUUGCAUGAUACAGUGGGGCAAUCCAUCGCGCAAUGCUAAUAACAGUCGGGUUUCCUCGUAUAGAUUUAUGACAAGACGUACGCAAGAUUUAUGCAUUAACUCUGUUUUCCGACGUGAUACAUACCUUCAUGCAUAUUUUCAUAUCCCAAGAACAGUCCAGUCUAGCUAUAUGCAGCACCACAAGCAAUCAUGACGUUGUAAAUCUACACAUCUAUGCAUGUAUAUCUUUGCAAAUCGUUACUCCUACCAGUAGAUGUAAGUUAGUACCCUAUAUCAUUGCAUAUUUAUGUAAUUUGUUGAUCGUUGAAAGUUCCUUAGAUCGUAGAUGCUACUCUAGCUCCUAUUCCUGACUCAAGUGUCGCCAUAUCAAAGCAGUAUUUUAAACAGUUAUGUAAUUCGUGUGAUCAUCAAACCUACUUAAAAAUGAACUCAACUGGUGAGACAAACUAACUGGUAGAAACCACAUGUGACGAAAAUAAAUAAUUUUGAGCUGA